GAUAUAAGCUAGCUUCGCCGCCUCACAGCUACAGCAAGACCCUGAAUUGGGCAGCAUCGUGAAGGACAAGAAGUCACUAUGAUGACUGCUCGAGGGUCACCAAGGUUGAGCCUCCUCAAAAAAGUUGUCGAAAGGGAUAGAGCAUCACCUCCUACAAGCAGCGUGACAAAGAGGAGGAGAGGGUCUCCCAAAGAAGAUAGAGCACAGUGGAAUGCAAGCCUUGAGAAAGAUCUUGUGGACUUGCUUCGUGAGCAUGAUACACCUGAACAUAAGGGUCAAAAUGGAUGGAGCUCAGAAGCAUGGAAUACGAUAGUGAAGAAAUUCCACCAAAAGAAUCCUUAUGCUAGGUACGAGAAGAAGAAAAUCCAAGAAAAGGAAAAAGAGUUGAAAAGAGAAUACAAGAUGAUCAAAGAGAUAAGGAAGCAAAGCGGCGUUUCAUGGGACGACCGGCAGUGCAGGAUUCUAGCGGAUCCACCACUUUGGAAAAACAUCAUCAUAUCACACCCUAAAGCUGGAAAGUUCAAGACAAAAGGCUUCCCUCUUUUUCAAGCUUUGGGAGAAUUGCAUGAUGGUUAGUUAUCAACUUCAUUCAUAUACUCAUGUCAUUGUUUUAUGUUUGUUUACUCUUCUAGUUUGAAAUCUUAUAUUUGAUUGUCACUUUAACUUGUAGGCCAAACUGCAGAAGGGACAUAUAACUUCACCUCUAUCGAGUCAUCACAUUGCUCAACCCAAUCAGAUCUCGAGAAUCUUGGAGGAGCUGGCAAGAAUCAAGGAGAAACAUCAGCUGAUGGUGAGAAUCUUGGAGGAGAAAGGGUGCAGAUCGAUGAAGAUGUUGAGGAGGUUUACGUGCAAGAAAACAUUGUUGUGGAGCCCGAGCAAACUCAACCAAAUUUGGCUACUGCACCCUCAAGAAAUGGAGAAGAGAAAGAACCAAAGA